AAGAGGAUAAGCCAAAGUAAUAGUAGAGGUCCAAUUGAUUUAUAUAUGAAGACAGACCACAAAAAAACUCAACAGGCCACUCUUGAAAGAGACUCAGCUGUGAAAGAGAAGUUAAUGAAGACUGCAUGGAAAUGCAUUUCAGCUUGGAUGACUGAGAAUUCAGUAUCAUUUAACACUGUUCGUUGCCCAAGUUUCAAAGAAAUGAUAUAUGCAAUAGGCGACUAUGGGAAAGCUAUGCCCCCACCAUCUUACCAUCAGAUUCGUACGAAUCUUUUCAAGGACCGGUUAGUAGAAAUGAAGAAAUUUGUUGAUACAUUUAGGGAACAUUGGAAGAGGUUUGGAUGUUCUAUCAUGUCUGAUGGCUGGACAGAUGGGAAAAAGCGACAUCUUAUUAACUUUUUGGUGAAUUGUCCGAAAGGGACAGUUUUUUUGAAGUCUGUGGAUGCGUCAAACAGAACCAAUGAUGCUGAUUUUAUACGUGGGCUUGUAAAGGAGGUAAUUAACGAUGUUGGGGAAGAAAAUAUAGUUCAGUUCAUUACCGAUAAUGGUUCAAAUUUUAAAAAGGCAGGGAAAGAUUUAAUGCUUGAAUACCCAAAUAUGUUUUGGACUCCUUGUGGUGCUCAUUGUGUUCAGUUGAUGCUAGAAGAACUUGGUGGCAAGCUUCCACGAAUCAAGACAGCCGUCAUUCUAGGUAAGAGACUCGUUACAUAUAUUUAUGCUCAUUUUCAAGUAUUAAGCUUAAUGAGGGAGAUGAUCGGUGGUGAAUUACAUAGGUCUACAAAGACUAGAUUUGCAACUCAGUACUACACACUAGAAAGUCUUGCAAAGUAUAAAACCCAUUUGCAAAUAAUGUUCGUGAAUGAUAAGUGGUUGAAAAUGAGGUUUGCAAAAGAAACUAUGGGAAUUAAUGUACUUAAAAUUGUCACAAGCAGUACAUUUUGGGAAGAUGUUGAUUAUUCUUGUAGAGUGCUAAAGCCUUUGGUUAAGGUUGUAAGGUUAGUGGAUAUCGAGCGCAAACCUACAAUGCCUUGUUUUUAUGAAGCAAUGAGGAUAGCAAGGGAGAAACUCGAGGAGAAUUUCAGUCAAGAUGAUAGUACUUGGGCUGUAAUUAAGGCUAUCUUUGAUAAAAGAUGGAAGAAUAACUUCAAUCAUGCUCUACAUUGUGCUGCAUAUUAUUUAAAUCCUUCCAUAUUCUACAAAGUCCCUGCUCAUCUAAUGGAUAAUGAUCUUAAGUACAUAGAAAUCAAAAGGGGACUUCAUACAGCAAUGCAAAGGCUUAUUCCCAAUGAAGAAGAUCUUGAGAAAGCUACAACUGAAUUGAGAGACUACAGUGAUGCUAACGGGAUCUUGGGAACUCCGGUUUGCAAAAAAAGAAGAUAUAAAGAUCAACCUCAUGAUUGGUGGAUUACAUAUGGAGGAAUCGAUACCCCAAACCUACAAAAAUUUGCAAUAAGGGUAUUGAGUCUUACUUGUUCUGCUUCCCCGUGUGAGCGAAACUGGAGCACAUUUCAGAAUUUGCAUUCAAAGAAGCGAAAUCGCAUAAAGCAACAAAAAUUGAAUGAUAGCGUCUUUAUUCAAUACAACAAGAAAUUGGAACGUCGAUACAAAGAAAUCAGUCAAUAUAAUGAUGAUCCGAAAGCUCAUGAUCCCAUUUUUCUGGAUGAGCAUGAUGACAAUGAUGAAUGGUUGGCUUUAGAGAAUUUGGAUGACUUGGUUGUACAAGGAGAUAAUGUUAUUUUGGAUGAUUUGCAAGAUAUUGUUGGUGAAAAAGGUAUGCCAGUUGUUGGUAAAAGUGCUUGUAUCUCCCGACGCAAAUCUACUUAUCCAACUGACUCUGAAUAUAGUGGAUAUGAUAUUGAUGACUUGAUGUUGGACUCUAAUUAUGGACUACUUGGUGGAGAUGAUGGAGCUACGGAAGAUUAUGAUAUCUAUGAUGAAUCGAAUGAUUUUGAUUAAAAUUGUAAUGUCCAUGUUUAAUUAUGUUUCCAGAUUGUGAACUUUAAAGUUGUGAAUUCUCCCAUUUUUCCAAUUUGAACUUCAUACGACGACUCUUAUGUUUUGAAUGAACUUGUUUGUUUUUCUAAAA